UGAGGGAGGGAGUACUUAAGUAGCAUCAUCAGACAUCAGACUUGGUCUUUCUUCAACGUUAUAUAUAUAUAUAUAUCACUCACUUCCACCCCACCAAAAAUUAGACUAGUCCUCAAUCUCAUAAUCAUCAUUUCUAAGAAUUUUUUUUUUGAUUUUUUUUUUAAUAAAGAGAGCAUUUGAAUUUGAUCAUCAUAUCAUAAGCGAUGUCUGAAUUUCCGAUGGCGGCGGCAGCGGGAGGUGGCGGUCAAUUUCCCGAAUUUCCGGCAGUUUAUACUCAUGGUGGACAGUUUAUACAGUACAAUAUUUUUGGUAACUUGUUUGAAGUUACUGCUAAGUAUCGUCCUCCGAUCAUGCCUAUUGGUCGUGGUGCUUAUGGCAUCGUCUGUUCGGUUUUGAAUACAGAGACAAAAGAGAUGGUUGCGUUGAAGAAGAUUGCUAAUGCUUUUGAUAAUUACAUGGAUGCUAAACGUACUCUUCGUGAGAUCAAAAUCCUCCGCCAUUUUGAUCACGAAAAUAUCAUAGUAUUAAGAGAUGUUAUACCUCCUCCUGUACGAAGAGAAUUCACUGAUGUAUAUGUCGCGACUGAGCUUAUGGACACUGAUCUUCAUCAGAUAAUUAGAUCCCAUCAGAGUUUAUCAGAGGAGCACUGUCAGUACUUCUUGUACCAGAUACUUCGAGGGCUUAAAUACAUACAUUCCGCUAAUGUCAUACAUAGAGAUCUGAAGCCAAGCAAUCUAUUGAUAAAUGCAAAUUGUGAUCUCAAGAUUUGUGAUUUUGGUCUUGCACGACCAACCUCAGAAAAUGAACACAUGACUGAAUAUGUUGUCACUAGAUGGUACAGAGCACCCGAGCUUUUGCUCAAUUCUUCUGAUUACACUGCUUCAAUUGAUUUGUGGUCUGUGGGCUGCAUAUUCAUGGAGCUCAUGAACAGAAGGCCUUUGUUUCCUGGCAAGGACCAUGUCCACCAAAUGCGGCUGUUGACAGAGCUUCUUGGGACACCUACUGAAGCUGAUCUAGGUUUUCUUCAUAAUGAAGAUGCAAGAAGAUACAUACGACAAUUGCCACCACAACCUCGUCAACAGUUAAGACAAGUUUUCCCCCAUGUCAAUCCUUUAGCAAUCGAUCUUAUUGAAAAGAUGCUGACAUUUGAUCCCACAAGGAGAAUUACUGUUGAAGAAGCAUUAGCACAUCCUUACCUUGCUAGAUUACAUGAUAUCGCGGAUGAACCUGUAUGCCAAGAGCCAUUCUCAUUUGAUUUUGAGAACCAGGCCUUAACUGAGGAACAGAUGAAGGACAUGAUCCAUCAAGAAGCUUUAGCACUCAACCCAGGAUACAUAUAGCAUGUGCCUUUGAGAAUCAACUCUUCUCUUGUAUUAUAUCAGAUCAUUGCUAAUUGACAGCUGCAGGCCUGCAGUAGUGCAGUAUGAUGGCUUAUGAUUUUUCUGGUACAGUGAUAUGUUUGAAUUUUUUUAUUUAGGCAUAUGAUGUGUAAUAUAAACAUUCAAUUUUCGAUAUCAGCUUCAGUAGUUCAGAUUGUUUAAAACUUGCUAGAAGAAUAUGUAGUGUUGUAAUAACUUGAGUCAAUGUACCUUUGCUUUUGUUAUAACUUGUAAGUUCAUCAAUAAUGGCAUUAUAUUAUUUGAUUGGCAGCUUAUGCUAUACAAGGAACUAAAUUCAGUUUAAAA